UGUGCUAUUGUGAACUGCAAAAACAGCUGGCGUUUUGAGUGCACUGCGGCUUUAAACAAAUUAGUAAAUAAAAAACUGCAUUUUACACUCCAAUCUUUAGAUGGCUUUCUAUUGCCUAUAACAAAGGAUACAAAUAGCAAUGGAUUCCUCUUCUUGCUGCUUACUCUGCAUGUGCGAGUAUUCGGCCAUGAUGGGGGACUAUAUAGACGUGAACUCCCCGCGGUCCGCCCAACUGGAGGUGACCAGGAUCGUCAAUCAGCACUUCCCCUUCCAGAUCUCCAAGGAAAGUCACGACAGGAUCUGCGGACGCUGCUGGAAGACCGUGUCCGACUUCCACACUUUGCAUGAAUUCGUUAGUGCAGCGCAGAGCUCCUUGCUGGAAACAAAAGUGCUGCUCAUGGAAGAUGAUCCUCUCACCCAGGGAACCUCUUCCUUUCCGGAAGUUGCAAAGCUGCCAAUAGAGGAUGAUGCUCGGGUGCAGGAGCCACCGGAACUUGGCGGCCGCAACUUUUUCUACCCGGAGGUCAAGAUAGAGGAACAUGAACUGGACCAUUUACCCCGCAUCGAGAUCUUGGAGAGCACUGCCAACACGCAAAGAACUCAGGAUCAAUUGGAGGGCACUGCCAGACGUUUAAGGAAGCGCCUAAAGGCAGAGGAAGGAUCCUCCGUGGACAAGGAGAAAGAUGAGGAUCUCGCAGAGGGAAAUAUAGAGCCUGCGCCACCAAAAAAGAGACGUGGUCGCCCCCGAAAAUCAGACACCGCAACUGCCCCGCUUCAGAAACCAAAAGAAGACAUUCAACUAAACCUAAAGGCGGAAGCGCUCGAAGAGUUCAUGGAGGACGUCGGGGACCCCGACUUCUCAUGCAACUUGGACGACGAAUUGGAGCCUAGCGAUAAUUCCUCCGAGGACAACUACGGAGGCAGCGGUGGCUUCGACUCGGAUUCAGACUUCGAGCUCGACAAUCCUGGAAAGCAGGAGUUCGCCGUGCUGCCCAAGAGAACGGUGGUGCGGCCCAAAAAGUACAAGAAGCGGACGAAACCGGCGGAGCCGAAAGUGCGCAUGUCCCGCGAGCUGCUGGAGCAGCGCAAGAAACAACAGGAAGAGUACGAUGUUAUCAUCGCCAAGUUCUUUACCAGUGUGCUGCCGUGUGCCAUCUGCAAUCUGCUGGUGCACAACUUCACCGAAAUGCAGCGCCACCACAGACUUACCCACCAGGUAGAUCCCGGCUACAUGAUGUGUUGCGGCCGAAAAUUCACGCAGCGCAAAGUGCUAGCCGAGCAUGUGCUCGUUCAUUGGAAUCCCGAGCACUUUAAGUGCAGCGUGUGCGAAAAGUCAUUCCAGAACUCACGGCACCUGGAGUCACACCAGCAGGUCCACAUGGAUCCGGCCAUUAAGCUGACAUUCAGCUGCGACCUGUGCUCGAAAACCUUUCUCAGCAAAACGGCCAUCGACUACCACAAGCUAAACAAGCAUGUGCCCAAAUCGGAGUUCAAAUUCACCUGUUCCGAGUGUAAUAAAAAAUUCCUCACCGAGCGCAAGCUGAAGAACCACAUGAGCUCCAUGCACGACCCGGAGAGCACCAUUAUCUGCGACAAGUGCGGCAAGCAGAUGCGCACGAAGAUCAUUCUGAAGAAGCACCAGGAGUUAAUGCACUCGGACAAGCCGCGUCCGGAGCCCGAGCUUAAGCAGUGCCAGAUCUGCGGGGCAUGGUUAAAGGGUAUGACCGGUUUGAAGCAGCACAUGAAGAGCAUCCACGUGGAAAGUGCAGGGGAGCAUCGCUGCCACAUCUGCGCUAAAGUGUCACCAAACGCGAGAGCUCUCAGGCGUCACAUAUAUCACAAUCACGAGUGUGAGCGCAAGUUCAAGUGCACCAUGUGCGAGAAGGCCUUCAAACGACCGCAAGAGCUAAAGGAACACACAUCAACACACACCGGAGAGGUGCUCUACACCUGUCCAAACUGCCCGAUGACGUUCUUCUGCAGCGCCAACAUGUACAAGCAUCGCCAGCGAUUGCAUCGCGCACAAUACGAGGCGGACAAGAACCAGCCGAAGCCGCCAAAUAUCCUGAAGAUAUCGCGCAACGCCUCCUCGCAAAAUAAGCCCAAACAGGAGAUCUAGCACCUAAAGAAAAUUCAUUGAAAUAUCCAAACGCCUUUUUUUUACUUUCACAGAAUUUUAUCGAGUUUAAAUUUAGUUACUAUCAGGUUAUGCCCCACUACACAGUUAUUCCGUUUUAUGAAUUUGUUUCUAUUAUUUUUAAAAAUAUCAGAAUUGAACUCUUUUGAGUUAAUUUAAUCAGAGCAAACCCUGUGAAAGUUUAAUUUCAAAAAGCGUUUGAUACUUUAGACUUAAGCUACAAGUAUUUAAUAAUAAAUGCGAACUGGACAAUGCUCCAAUCCAAACAAUUGAUAACAAAACAAA